AUGGCAGAAGCGCAUUCUGCAGUCGCGUUCUCCUUCGCGAUCACGCACGACGGCUGGGACGUGAACUUCGACCGCGAGGUGCUCUACCUUGUGUGGGAGUCCGGCUUGCGCUCUUGGAAGAAACGUCUCGGACGUUUUAGAAACAGCAUCCACAAUGGCGUGUAUCCGGGACACCUGCAGUCCCUCUACUUUCUAUGGACGGUGCUCGUCGCGGCGCACUUUGGGGGCAUCAGCAUACCCUUCGGACUGGUGCAAAAGUAUUUAACAGUUCUGCCUGGUGAGUCGUCGAUGUGGCAGGUGGUCGCGUGCUUGCUGUCCGCGCUCACCAUGUGGCUCUCCGUCAUAUUCCUCAUGCGAUAUUUGCUAAAGAUCCUCUUAAUGUACAAGGGGUGGAUGUACGAGUCGCGCGCGCCUGGCUCCAAGGUGUCGUUGAGCACUAUAGUGUGGGCCAGCGUAGUGAAGGUGCUAUCGGGGUGGAACAAGCCGCGCCUCUACAGCUUCCAGGGUUCGCUGCCGCGUCUGCCUCUGCCCGCCGUAAAAGACACCAUGCGUCGGUACCUGCUGAGCGUGCGGCCGCUGCUGGACGACGAGAGCUACUCUCGCGUGGAGCGCUUGGCGCAGGACUUCGAGCAAACCAUCGCGGUCAAGCUGCAGCGCUACCUCGUGCUGAAGUCCUGGUGGUCUAGCAACUACGUGUCGGAUUGGUGGGAGGAGUACGUGUACCUGCGCGGGCGCUCGCCGCUGAUGGUGAACUCGAAUUUCUACGGCACGGACACGCUGGCGCGGCCGACGCGCGUGCAGGCUGCGCGCGCUGCCACCAUCAUACAUUUCUGUCUGCGCUUCCGGCGGCUCAUCGAGCGCCAGGAGCUGGAACCCAUCAUGCUGCAGGGCAUGGUGCCACUCUGCUCGUGGCAGUACGAGCGGCUGUUCAACACGGUACGCGUACCCGGCGCUGAGACCGACCGCCUCGUGCACUACCAGGACGCCGCGCACGUCUCCGUGCUGCACCGCGGCCGCUACUACAAACUGCCCGUCUACAUGCGCGGCCGCCUGCUCGACCCCGCCGAGAUACAAGUACAAAUCCAGCAAAUCCUAUCGGACAAGUCGGUGGCGAGUGCGGGCGAGGCGCGGCUGGCGGCGCUGACGGCGGGCGAGCGCGCACACUGGGCGGCGGCGCGCCAGGCACACUUCCAGCGCGGGCCCAACCGCGCCGCGCUGCUGGCCGUGGAGCGCGCCGCCUUCCACGUGUGCCUCGACGACGCGCCAUACGGCUUCGACGACACCGACGGCGCCGACCCCGCGCGCCUCGACGCCUACGGCCGCGUGCUGCUGCACGGCUCCGGCUGCGACCGUUGGUUCGACAAGUCCUUCAACCUCUGCUUCAGCACAGAUGGCUCCGUCGGCUUCAACACUGAGCAUACCUGGGCGGACGCGCCAGUGAUGGGGCACUUGUGGGAGUACGUCAUAUGGUCAGAACUACAACACGGGUACGACGAGCACGGGAACGCGCGCGGUUCGGUGCAAGCCCCGCCACCUGCGCCCGCGCGCCUGCAGUGGGAGUUCCCCGACACGUUGCUGACCGCCAUCGAUACGUCGCACCGCGUGGCCACCGCGCUGCUCAACGAUGUGGACCUGCGCAUCCUCAUGUUCACGGGCUACGGCAAGGGCUUCAUGAAGAACUGCCGCGUGUCGCCCGACGCGUUUAUCCAGAUGGUGCUGCAGCUGGCGUACUUCCGCGACGCGGGCCGCUUCUGCCUGACGUACGAGGCCAGCAUGACGCGGCUGUUCCGCGAAGGGCGCACGGAGACGGUGCGCUCGUGCACUAUGGAGAGCGCGGCGUGGGUGCGCGCGCAGGUGGACGGCGCGCCGCUGCGCCGCCGCAUGGAACUCUUCCUGGCCGCCGCCAACCGCCACCAGCUCGCCUACCAGGAUGCCAUGGCCGGUCGCGGCAUCGACCGCCACCUCUUCUGCCUCUACGUUGUCUCCAAGUACCUCGAGCUCGACUCGCCCUUCCUACAGGAGGUCUUCAACGAGCCCUGGCGCCUCUCCACCAGCCAGACGCCGCACGGUCAAACGAGCCUGCUGGACCUAAAGAAGUACCCGAAGGUGGUGAGCGCGGGCGGUGGGUUCGGGCCGGUGGCGGAUGAUGGCUACGGCGUGUCCUACAUCAUCGUGGGCGAGGACACGCUCUUUUUCCAUGUAUCCAGCAAGAUCAGCUGUCCUAUCACAAGCUCGUCGAACUUCGUGAAGCAGAUCGAGCGCUCGCUGCAGGACGUACGUGACCUCUUUGUGGACUACAAAAAUAUCAAGACCGACACCAACAACGCCAAGGACAAA